AUGGAUUCCAAGUUAGAAGAAGAGGCUAGCAUACCAACUCUCUAUAACGCCGUAGAGCGCUUUCGAAACAAUCUACGCUUAACUCGUGCUACUUCUACGAAAUCCUCCUUACACACGUUAUUUACUGCCACGUUGCAAGAAGAAGAGGCCUCAGAGCUGGCUGCUGACUCAGCAGCUUCAGCAGAAAAAGCGCCGUCAGAAACGAAGAAGUACUCUAACUGCCUUUGUGGCAAAAAGCAUGCGUUUUCUAUGUGCCCUUAUCUCAUUGAGCAGCGCAGGCCAAGCAGCGCAAGCCUAAAGGCUGGAGUCCUGUUGAUCGCAUAUGCCACGUUGCAAGGAGAAGAGGCCUCAGAGCUGGCUGCUGACUCAGCAGCGUCAGCAGAAAAAGCACCGUCAGAAACGAAGAAAUACUCUAACUGCCUUUGUGGCGAAAAGCAUACGUUUUCUAUGUGCCCCUAUCUCAUUGAGCAGCGCAGGCCUAAAGGCUGGAGUCCUAUUGAUCGCAUUCAGAAGGAGAUUAACGAGAAAUUGAAGAAUCCUGCUCUCAAGAGAGCCGUUAAACGCGCUCAAAGCGCAGCGAAUAAGCUUCAAGAGCGAUCGAAGAAGCAGAAACAGCAGUCCGAACUUCCAGAGGACUCUAACGAGCAGCAUUCUGCACCAUCAACGCCGCUGGCGUCGUUCGCCACCGAUUGGGAUAGCUAUGAGCUCCGAGAUACGUGGAUUCUCGAUUCAGGCGCCAAUUAA